AUGAGUGGUAAUAAAACGGAAGUUCCUUCCGCCUCCUGUGCAGACGUCGUUGACUCAUUGGUACCAGCACUGGGUGAGGAGAUAUUGUCCGCAGUACGCCGUGAAAGCCCACAAGAUGCCUCUUCUUUCCACAAUUGUAACUUCCGUGUCUUGUCACAGUUCGUCUCCAUCACCGAUGUACACUUCAAAGAACGAUCAUUUUCUGUCUUUACCGAGCUUUCUCUGGCACCGUUGCAUCCAGAACUACGACAAAUUUGUCUCAAUGUCGGGCCAGAUGUUAUGUUGCCAAACGAAUUCCCAGAAGGUGUUACCGGACGAAUUACUGUAAAUGAUGAAGAUGUGGAAUAUAUUCGGAAUGAACCUCUCAAAAUAUUGAGUCACAAAGCGGAACAAAGUUUGCACAGACUUUCACACGAUAUGUACGAUGAGCUGGAAGAUUGUGAGGGUGAACUUUUAAUUAAUGUUCCAGAAAGCUGUUAUGUACUUAUGGAUGAACAAAAAGUUAUCAAAAUUGGAAUUGAUGUCAGAGUUGUUAAUCCAAAGCAUGGCAUACAUUUUGUUUGUUCAUUUUCUGAUGAUGGUACUUUGGAGAGCGGUGCGCACAUGUACACUUAUAGGUCAAAUAUGUUAUCGAGUACUCGUCACUGGCUACCUUGUAUGGAUACACCUGAUCAGUUAUGUUUAUGGCGAAUCGAAGCAACUGUUGAUCUUAUGUUUACAGCAGUUGCCAGUGGCGAAUUAUUUGAUACAGAGUAUACGACUGAUCUACAAGAAAAAAUUUAUCAUUAUCAGCUUUUAGUACCGACAUCUGCAGUUAAUAUCGGUUUUGCAGUUGGGUGUUUCACACCAGUUGUACAUCCAGAUAUGCCUGAAAUAACAAGUUUCGCACUUCCAUCACUAUAUCCUCUCGUAAAGCACACAACUUCAACAAUUGAUCGAGUUUUUGAAUAUUUUGAAGAACUCCUUUCCUGUCGAUUUCCCUUUUCAUCCUACAAACAAGUUUUCGUUUAUCAGAUUCCGGAUGAAGUUACGGCUUAUACUGGUUUAUCAAUGCUCUCGCUCACCUUAUUGUAUCAUAAGAAAAUUUUGGAUGUUGUGCAAAUGACACGUCAAUGCCUUGCUUAUGCGGUAGCGCAACAAUUCUUUGGAUGUUUUGUUACUUCAACAUGCUGGUUGGAUAUUUGGCUGGUUUCCUCCCUUGCAAGAUCUGUCACUAGUAUGUUUGUAGAACGAUUCUUCGGUUUUUCUGAGAACCUUUACCAGAUCAAUAAAAUGCUCAGUUGUGUUUCCGACUAUGAAACGCGUUGGGGAAAGAUUGUUUUGCGGCCCUCUAAUACUAAUUACAAACGAUAUUUACAUUUCGAUCCAAGAAAUCCGUAUACUUGCUCUCCCCUGUAUGCGGAUGCUUUGUUCAAGAAAGGACAUCUUGUUAUGCGAAUGCUUAACCAACGUUUGGGCAAGGAACCAUUUUUGCAGGUAAUACAAAAAAUACUAAGCGUAGCGAUGCAGGCAAGCCAACUGCAGAAGGAGCCAGCUCAUUGGCAGCAUAUGACUGUUUCAACGGAAUCGUUUUUCCGUACUGUUUCUAGUGUUACGGGCCAAGAAUUGCCGACAUUUUUGGAGCAGUGGAUUCACAAUGGUGGACAUGCAAAAUUUUGGGUGCAAUAUGCUUUUAAUCGUAAACGAAAUAUGAUUGAACUUGAAGUGAAGCAAGAACCUUCUGCUAAUCGGGGACGGCAAAGUUACGUUGGUCCAUUAAUUGUUGUGGUUCAGGAAUUAGAUGGAUCGUUUACACAUACUGUACAGAUUGAUUCCAAUCAUUCGAAGCAUGACCUCCAGUGCCAUUCAAAGGGACGAAGGCAAAAGAAGAAGAAAAUUCCACUUUCCACUGGAGAAGAACUUGAAAUUGAUUUGGCAAAUAUGGAUCCUGACUCUCCGGUUCUUUGGAUAAGGAUAGAUCCUGAUCUGCUUUUGCUGCGAAAAGUUAACAUUCAACAACCGGUUUAUCAGUGGGAAUAUAUGUUGAAAUAUGAGCGAGACGUCUUGGCACAGCUUCAAGCACUUGACAUUUUACAACGUUUUCCAAGUCCACACGCUAGAGCCGUUCUUAUUGAAACCAUCGAAACGGAAGCAUUCUUCUACCGGGUACGAUGUCGAGCUGCAUAUAUCCUAGCAGAAGUUGUAAAUAAAUUGCCGGAAACAUGGUUGGGUCCACCAGCUUUGAUGAUUUUGUUCAAGAAAUUUUUCGGUUGUAAAUCUGCGCCACAUAUUCCAAAACCGAACAAUUUUGUAGCCACCUCUGCAAAUUUGCAGCUAUAUUUUUUGAUGCAUGCAAUACCUCAAGCUUUGGCACGACUGCGCUCUUCUUCAAAUGGUGCCCUUUCAGAAGUUCAUCAUUUUCUUAUUGGUUUAAUCAAAUAUAAUGAUAACACUGUGAACAGGUAUUCGGACGACCAUUAUCGGGCAUCACUAAUAAACUCCUUAGCUGCUACACUGAUACCAGCCGAGAGCAGAGAUAUUAUAGACAUGAGUCCCCUUUCUCUUGAUACCGAAAUGAGGGAAUUGCUAUCUGAGUUCACUCUUGCUUUAAAUAUGGAUACAUUGAAACCUAGUUUUGGUCGUAUUAUUGGAAUUACUGCACUUCAAGCUAUAUAUCACAUGCAGCGAACGUUUCACAUCCCACUUGAUCCCAAAGUAUUUUGGUCCUUUGCGCAGCCGAAUAUGUAUGUACCGAUGCGUCUCGCAGCGUUAACAUUUCUGGUUGACAUGGUUUAUCGAUUCAAAUCCCCAUCUUUUGUUAAUGAAGUUGCCAACAGAUUAAUAGAUUUAUGUAUCAAUGACCCUGAGCCGGUUGUACGCUUGUAUAUUGCAUCUCAACUGUCACUUAAACCGCCACUUUGCAUCAUUUUGGGUGCCGAAAAUGAUGCAACAUGGAUGCCAUUGUCCCGUGACAUAGCUAUCAAAUUAUGGAUUCAAAUCAGUGAUGCUAAAACGGAGCCACGUUUACGUGGUCAUUACAUUGACCUUUGGUUUACAAUAUAUGGCAAUAAUGUACCGAUGAUACUGAAACCAACUGAACAGGUCCAGGAGGAGAAACCAGCACCACAUAAUAUUCACAUCGCAAACAUCAGGAAUGGCACAGAUGAUCUGCUAAAUUCAUGGUCAUGGCAUGGAACUAUCAUUGAUAUUGACGAACCUGAUUCACCGACAGAAAAGUUAACAAAUGAAAUGAAUGAUGACACUCUUCAGUAA